GACACCGCUGGAAUAACACUUGUUGAAUACCCACUGUUAGAGUACGGAUUUUUUUCGGAGGUGGUGCAACAACUACUUGUGUUGGAGUGGGAGUAAUUAAGUGAGUGUGCUAGCUGGUGUGAUUAGUGAUUAGAGUGAGUGUUGCGUGUUGACUACCUUAAGGCGCGGACGAUUUGUUGGGAGUCAUUGAAGAUUCGUUCAAUCGGUCAAUUGGAAGUGAAUUUGCGUCGAUCGUGUUCUGCCGUUCGGAACAAGUGAUUUCAACUGCUAUUAGGACCGGAACGUGGGCCCAAAAAGUUGGCGCUUGGUGGCCGUUCGAUAACGGUUUUCUGGAUUCCAUUCCGCUGCUCCCAGAAAAAUCGGUGGAUUCGGUGAAGUGGAUAAUUCCUUAAACGGUGCAAUAAUCGUUAGCUGCUAAAUGCACUUGAGGCGUGAAAAAGGUCACUUAAUGCAAUCGCACCCGCCAGGACAUUAAUGGCUUCGAAUUCGCUGCUCAACGGUUGAGAAAACGUGACGAUUGGAAAUUGUUUGCCGACGGACCCGUCCGAAAAUUUUCCCCCUGUUGAAAAGUGAUCGUUAAAUUUUACGACUCUAUCAAAUCCGGAGUUAACCAAACGUUAAGUGUGGCGUCAAUGUGAUUUGAGUAACCUUCAAUCUGGUAACGGAGACGGAUUGAAAAAAAUCGGGAAACCGCCGUCGGCGUUGCAAAUUCGGGAAGUGAAAAGUUGUAACCAGAAUUCAAUCUACCAGUGUGUAAGCCGGAAGAAGUUGGGUGAAUUGUUAUCCAUCGCUUUGUGUCUCCUAAUCCCUUUUACAUUGAAUCGAUUCAACUGGGAUUAUCCGUUGGAGGGGAAGAAAAAGAAAACUUUCCUUAACAGGACAUUGCAAUUAAAACCUGAUCAUUUGAAGGCAAACUAUCUCCCGAACGAAUUGUUUGUAUAAACAUUCACUAACGAUGACGAAACUGACUUUCCUCUGGCUGUGGAUGCUGGCGACGGUUUUGGUCUGUCUCAGUCCACAGGCCCUGGCUGAACCUUUCACAGACUCAAGAAUCCUACAGCCACAGGACAAUAGUUUGCUGGGACCCGUCAAGCGGACGAAACCUUCCCUGUCGAUAGUGAAUCCGCUGGAUGUUCUGCGGCAGCGGAUCAUUCUCGAGAUGGCCCGGAGGCAGAUGCGGGAAAACACCAGACAGGUCGAACGGAACCGGGACAUCCUGCGCGAAAUCGGCAAACGGAGCCACGGAGCCACAUUCGCCGUAAAUGGCAACGACUAUGACGAAAGCGGUGGGCCACGGUUUGCCGACUUUUUCUACCCGGCAUCGUCCUCGGCUGGGCUAGGGAUUCCAAUCCUGAGACGGUACGGGGGCAGCCGGCAUCAUCCUGCUGCUGGACUUCAACUGGAUGACAACACCAUGAUGGAGUUUUCGCUUGGGCCGGAAUCGGAGCUCAAAGACCGAAGCGGAGAUGACAGAAGCAGUAGUGGCAGGAUCGCCAAUGAUGAUGAAGGCAAACAACAAGUUGCAGGACAAAUACCGGAUGACGAAACCAGAAGCAGCAGCAACAGUGUCCUAACGUUAGCCGAGGAACAGCGCCGACUGGAACGUGCUGGAUCAGAACAACCGGAUACAAUCCGAAAUCGUAGGCCUACACCGCAGGAGCUGAUGACCUUCCAGAACGAGCAUGACCGAGUUCUACUUCCGUUGGCUAAUUUGGCAACCACCAAUAAUCGCGGUGGCGAUGGCAUUUCGGAGUUUGACUCUUUGCUAAAGGAUGAUGAUUCGGAACAGCAACAGCAACAGCAACAACAGGCCCAGCUGAGGAAACUGGACGAGCGGCAGAAAAGUGAGGACGACUAUCGGUUGAGGUAUCUGUACAAUAUGCAGGGCAAGGUUUUCGGUUAGGCACAUUUCCCAUGGAGGCAAGGUGAACAAUUACAACGGAAACGGUAACGUGUGUGUGGGUGAUAUAGGGGCUAAAACCACUAAUUAGGGCUCUCAUUUUUUACAGCAAGUAAAAUUAUCAUUUGUUUCUCAUUUUAAAAUUUCCCCAAAAAUGAUUUACCUUUUUAUAAUUGGUAGGAUUGCUUGUUGAAACAUGUACAUGGUUAUAACAUUUCAUGAAAUACAAUAAUCAAAAUAUCAUAUUUUUUGUUCUUUGUUUUACAAAACAUUUGAGAAAAUUAUAAAUUUCGCUUUUGUUGACUUUUCUAUGAAUUAGUCAAAAUGUUAGUUAUUAAACUCGAUAAUCUUCUUCACUAUUUCAAAACAAAUUAUAUUUUUAUCCUCAAACCGAUAAAAAUGCAAUGAUACAACAUGCACUACAACCAACUUCGAAAGACAAAUAAGAUAAAGUGUAACACAAUUUGAUCUUUUUUACUUUAAGAUUUUUUUUUAUAUCCGCUUAUAGAUUACUGAAGUGUGAGACCAUCGAUAGUUGAAAUCAUUUUGAUGACAUAUUAAUGAACGAUAUUCGACAAGAGAAUUUAGGGAGAUGAAGGAUAUUCAAAAAAUAAAAGAAAUUCAAUAAAAAUAAAAUUAAAUAAUAGUUGUAUUCGGCAACACUGAAGAUAAAUAAAAUAAAAUAGAUUUCUAUGGCAACGUUUGUUAUUUUGGCAACACUAGGCAAUAAAAACAAACAAAGUAAGUCAUUGAUCUAUUCUUGUGAGUGAUAGACGUUUCUGAGUGAAUCUCUGAGUUUAGGUUCAUUGGAAUCGUAAAAUUUCAACAGUAGCGAAGUUUGUAAGAUGAGCACAGCUUUGAAAGACUGAUGCUCAGAUUGUUUAGAAAUGGUUUCGGCUCCGAUAAAUUAGACGGGGAGACUAAAAAAGCGCAGAUUGUUAAGGCUUCUGCUGCUGAUUGUUUGUUUUGAUUUGGCCUUCCGGUGAAAAAGACGGAAUUGGCUAAGAAAGCGUAAAUUUUUAAAACUGUAGCUGCUGAUUGUUUGUUUUGAUUCGGCCUUCCGGUGGAAAAAUACGGAAUUGAAUUUUAAGACUGCUGCUGAUUGUUUUGAUUGCGUCUUUCGGUGGAAAAGGGCGGAUCGGCUUAGGAAGAGGCAGAUUUUUUAGGCUACUGUUUGUCUUAAUUUGGCCUUCUAGUUGGGAAGGCUGUUUUUAAGAAUACUUUCAGAUUAUUCUGGCUCUGGUAAACAGAGACAGAGCGACAAGAAAAGCACACUUGGGAAGGCUGUUGCUAAGAAUGUUUUCAAAUUGUUAAGGCUUUGAUAAACAAAGACAGAGCGACAGGAAAAGCGCAGAUUGGGAAGGCUAUUGCAAAGAAUAUUUUCGGAUUGGAUGAAGAAUAUGCAGAAAAUAAAUAAAAUCUAAAGACUUCGAAGCCUUUGCUGAGAGUGGAAAGUGGAAUUGAGUUGAAGGAUAUUUGAAAAAUAAAAUUUUAUGCUAGGGAAAUACAAUAACAAAAGUCAGUUAAUAAAAGAUUCUAUUGAAAAUAGAAAUGAGAAGAAAUGUAUAGAUGAGAUAAAGAAGUUGUAAAAUACAAAUGAAAUUUAAUGAAAAUAAACAAAAAUAAUAGUUUUAUCUGGCAACACUUAGGAUAAAUGAAAUAAAAUUGAUUUCUAUGGAUACGAUCGAUGUUUUGGAAACACUAUGCAAUGCAAACAAACUAUUAUGUUAUUGAUCUAUUCUUGUGAGUGGCAGACGUUUCUGAGUGAAUCUCUGAGUUGAGAUUCAUAAGAAUCGUAAAAUCACGGCAAUAUAUAAUCAAAUCGAAAAUCAAAAGGAUCAAAUCCUUUUCAAACCAUAUUGUUUUGUUUGUUAGUGUAUAUUAUUUUAGAAAAAAAAAUAAGCGAAUUAUAAUGAUAAAUUCUAUCGUUUCUUAACGUGAACCUCUCGAAAGAGCUUAUAAUGGCUGAUUCAGCAAAUCAGAAGCAAGGUUGCCGAAAAAAAUUCUGUGUUUUUGAGACAAAAAAUUCUGUCUUUCUGUGAUUUUACCCAGAAAUUCUGUGAUGCUUUUUCCUUUCAUUUCAUCGAAAAUUCAUGAUAUAUUGGAUCAUUUUUACAUGUUAAUUGGGAAAACUCAGUCAACAUAACUAAUCUUAUCUUACUCUUCAAAUUCAAAGUAAGAAAUUUAAAUUUUAUAUUGGCCGAAAAGAUAAUAAUUUUGGAAAACCAUUCAAAACUUAAAAAUUCUGUGAAAACUGAGAAUAUUUCAAAAUUCUGUGUUCUGUGACACAGAUUCUGGGAUGAAAAUAUGCUCAGAAUUCUGUGAAAUUACAGAUUUUUCUGUGAUUUCGGCAACCUUGAUCAGAAGAGGAAUGAAAAUCGUCAAAUUUUAUGAUUCAAGUUUUGAUUUAAAGUUCAUGAAGUUUCGACAAAUACGACGAACAAUGGCAAGAAACAAAAAGGGACGGACACAGAAAAAGGUUUCUUUAAGAACUUAUACGAUUAUUUCAACUGUAAAUCGACGAAUUUGAACUUGUUUCAUAAAAGAGAAAAAGAAAACAUUGAAUUCAAUAACUCUCGUUGAACUUGGAAUUUGAUAUGUAGACAAGAAUGUUGAUGAGACAUAAUUAACUGAAACAAAAUAUCAAGUAUUUCAACAAAAGAAAAUAGUUUUAUUUCAAAUUUAGAAAAAAAAAAUCUUGUGGCAGCAAUUAUUUUAUCGGAUGUCUUUAUAGUUCGGCGAUAUAAGCAUCCAAUAUUCUGUUUAAACCUUUAAAAUGUGGCAACAAAUGUUAUACAGUGAAAUGGGGUGAACUGGGACGAUUUUUACACCUUUUCGUUAACAUUUCUGUCAAAUGCUGCUCGUUUUGAACCCGAUUUGUUUUAGAUGGACCAAACCUAACCAAAGCAAAAAAAAAAAGUUUAAAGCGUGGUUUACUAGACAUGUUUUUAAAGAUUAAUUUUUUUCACACACCAAGAGGGGUGGAUGGGGACAGUUGUUUAUUUAUUGAGAAAUUCUUAUACACGCUCCUCUUGUCAAACUCAAAAUAAAGUUAUUUUAGAUCAAAACAGCACUUCAGAGGCAGCCCUUAACUUUGAGCUCGCAGUAUGAACUCCGUCUUGAACCAUCGCAAGGAGGAAAAAUGGAACUCAACUUUAAGUUCAUAGAAUAGAACUAUCUUUUGAAUUUCGGUCAAACUUAAUUUUGAGUACCAACAAAGGAGAGUGUACUUGGAAAUUGUUCAACAAUAAAAAUGAAUUCAUUUAAGCUUCCAUUAUUUAAAAUACAACUCAGAGGAUAGUUUUUUGAUUGCAGAUAUACUUAGAUAUUUACAAUCCCCAGUAAUCGGCUUUUUUGCCACCCACACUUAUAUUCAAAAAAAAUGUUGAUGGUGCUGCCUAACUACAGGGGUAAAAAAACUCAAACUAAAUUAAGAUUAUGAUUAAAAGACAACCUGCCAAAGCUGAAAGUCCUAUUCUUCAAAGAUCAUGACCAAAGUAAAAUUUCUCCAGUUUUACAUUAUUUUCCACAAUCUUGGGGGAUUUAGAAAUCGUUUAUGGACUUGUCCCGAUUAACUACACGAUAAGUGGGCGCAAAAAAGUUUUUUUAAUGUGUUAAUGUGUUAAUGUGUCAACGUUUAAAGCAGUUUGAAUCAACCGACUUCCUUUUUUAAUCAUAAUUAUGCUGAAAGAAUUCUUCACCAUCAGCAUUCACAAUGAGGUUAAUUUGCUCACCAAAUGGGGUCGCCACCCCUUUUCUGUAGAGGAAAGGUUUUUCCCCGUUUCUCGAUUUCAAUGAAUCAAUAGAUCCGUCACAUAGGGAAAUCUUGGUGGAAUUAUCAGGAAUCGAAAGGGAAGAACUCUGCCUUUUCAGUACGACCUUCCAUCCUCCACACACCAUCGCAUCGGCGUCGAUCAAGGGCACUAACUUGUAAAGAGUAAUGAACUUUUAUAGUGAAAAACAAAUUUUGGAAAGGUAGUUCUGCAUUCUCCUUCAUUGUCUUGACUUCGUCGCUGUACGAAUCGUUCUGAGCCAACCUGGAGAGAGCUCGUAUUGCCGCAACGGAACCACUACAAACGGAAUUUCAACCUUGAUGAGCUUUUUAAGCUUUGGAGUCGGUAGGACAGCUUCGAUGGGUUUGCCAGUAACGCUACGCUGGCAGUUGGAGAUAAAUCGGAAAAUGCACCCAACUGUGCAAAUUUGCAACAUGAAAAAAGGUUUGCUCCCAAGACUGCUGCCUUCAGUUCAAGCCUUGGAAUAGGAAGAAGUUUUAUCGGUGUUACUUUCGAUCGAGCCAUCACCAACGAACACUUUAUGGUAUCUUUCACACAAAUCCUAAGAUACGCGACGCUUCCGUACGCGUUCUCCCUAGCAUUACUGAAGAUAUGUAGCCAACUUGGUCAGAAGGUGUUAAUCCAAUCUUGGAAUUCGAACACCCUCGACCAGAGAAAACAUUGUGACCCACUGUCGCCACUUUUCUAAAUACUAUCCGCCAAUUUACUGGUCCCAUUCGCAACCCGCUCGCCAAAGGUCCUGCAUUAGCAUUUUUACUAGCUCGUAAAAGGAGCCAACACGUCGUUCUGUGUAUCUCACAAGAUCCCAAGAACUCGUUCGUAUUGCGUCAUCUUGUCUUGGUUCAAAUGGACAGACUCUCUGGAGCCACUCUGAGAUUGCUGACAGAGUCCAGACGGUGGGUCCAGAGAAGAGUGCCGCUCAUCAUGCAAGGUUUGAAACUAAUACUAAUCCGGUGGCUCAAGAUAGUGGACCGGAUCAGGUUUACGGGUGGGAGACUGUUGGGCGAGUAUCAACGCAAAAUGAAGGUUGCCGAGAAAAAUUAUGUAUUUAUGCAAAAAAAUAUUCUGACCUUCUGUGAUUUAAUCCAAAAAUUCUGUGAUGGUUUUUUUGUGAUGUUAUUUACACCAAUUUCAUUGAACAGUCCUGAAGAAUUGGGUCUUCUUUAAAUUUUAUUUGGAAAAAAAAAUCAGUAAACAUUACCAGUAUUACUGUAUUUUUAUUCAACGUUAAAAAACUCAAAUUGCUACUGACAUAAAUAAAUGUUGCUUAGAAAAUACGUACAAAAUUUUAAAAAUUUCUGAAAUCUGUUUUUUUUUAAUUUUGUGUUCUGUGACACAGACUGUGUGAUAAAAAUUUGCGUGAAAUUUUGUGAAACUAAAGAUUUUUCUGUGAUUCCGGCAACUUUGCUCGGCAGCUCUUGUCGUAAAGUGCGCGCUAGAAAUCUUUACACUUGUAGCACAUAUUGAAAACUUUACCAUGCAAAAACAUUUUCAAAAUCUCCAAUUCAGUUCGGCCUUCAAUUUUUUUACAACACGUGUACUAUUUUCGCUGAAAUAAGCACAGUGCUGUAAACAAAUAUAACGUCAAAAGAACUUGUAAACAUUUUGACAUGGUAAAAUUCACAAAAUGUGGUAAAAGUUGAAAAAUGUCUACCACUUUCAACCCAACACGAGUGAACUUGCUCUAAGGCGGUCCAAGAAAACGCACACUAUUGCAAGUUUACUAGAAAAAAAGACGCAUCAUUGUCAGGGAGCUUCAUUUAUCCCAGGCUAAAUGCGUCGCGAAAAUAGUCUGUAGCAACAUCUCUUCCGUCAUGGCCAACUAUGUUUACGAUGAAAAAACUUUACUACUAACUUUGCAACGUUUCUUUCUCAUCACCAGGGCUGCCAAAAUUUUCUCGGCACGUAUCUGGCCGGAUAAUCCGGACCAUUUUUAUAAAAAUCUGGCCAAAUCCGGGCAUUUUAUUCCUAAAUUGACACCCAACAAUCCGGGAAAUAUCUGGGCAAAUUUUGUCAAAACCCAAAAAUUACUCAACAAAAAUCAAGAUAAAAAAUUGAAGAAAAAAAAUAUUUUUUCAUCAGAAUUCAAAAACAAAUUUUAAAUCGUACCUAUCUUAGGUUUCGAAAAAUUAUUUCAUCGUUUUGCAAAAACAGCUAAAAUUUUUCUUGUUUUGAUGGCUAAAUUAAAAAAAAAAUUACAAUACAAUUUAAUUUUUUUUUUUCGUUUCAUUUGCCAAAUAAAGUGAAAAAUCCUAGCAUUUUUCAAUAAAAUCCGGGCAAUCGGGCAAAUUUUGUAUCAAAUAUCCGGGCAAACUCGGAUAAAACCGGGAAAUCUGACAAACUUACUCAUCACCUCUCUUUCUACUACAUUGAUCACGAACGGGAGAAAAACGUAAACAAAAACAAGCGGGAGGUAGUUUUUAAAAUUUUUGCCGUGCGUAAUUGAUAAAAUCAUUAUGGCUAAAAACAAUUUUUUAAACCAAAAAUCUAGACUAGAUGUUUACAUUUAAGCCUAAAGAGGUAAAAAAGUAAGUGUUGAUUAAAAUUACCCUCAAAUUGAUUGCUAAAGUGUUGUUAAAAUCAAACAGGUUACUUCGAAAAAAUUUAACCUAAAUUCCUAGUUCCCCCGAAUGCAAUAAGUUAUGACGGAAUUGAAACUAUUGUAUAAUUGUAAGAAACUUAAGGUUAGUUUUCAUCUAGCAAUUGCUUAGAGCCUGAUAAUGAAUUAAAAAUAAAACAUUCUAGCUUCAAGCUGCUACACUAAAGAAAGGCUGCUUUGAUGAUUGUAGACAUGUCACAUCACUUUUUGCAGUGAUGCCAUACAACAUUUGUCAUGGUAUAUAAUUUGGUGAUUUUAUUCAUGAUUCAAACAAGAAUUAUUUAAAUUUACUGAGGCUACAUUAAGUGAACUGAAUUUAUAGUUGCUUUUACGCAAUGAAUCAGUUUCGAUUCUAAAAGGAGAAAAAACAAUAUUAAGAUUGCUUGAUAUUUUGAUCAAAAUAAUGUGUUUCCCAUUUGUGUUCCUAUUCAGACGAUUUAACGAUAGCAAAUUUGUUACAAAAUCAAAAAAAAAAUUGUGGAAAUAUUGUGAAAAAAUUAAGUCAUAAUCACUACAAGUGAAAAAAAAAUUAUGCCAAAUCAUGAUUUAAUAUCUCACAUGCAUUUGCCUUAAAUUGGUUCAAUCUGCAGAAUAAUUUAAGGGGGUUUCAAAAAAUUCAGAAAGUCGUUGAACUUCGGAGGACGAAAUCUAGAAGGAUUGGUGUAAUCAGCCAUGCUGGUGAUUUUUUUUUUCGAAAAAGAGUUUUUCAUAUUGAAUUUAAUGUGAUCGACUUGUUGGAAGUCGCAGUAAGCCGUGCUAGAGAAGAGACGUGUUUUUUGCCGUCGCGUUUUUCCUGUUUGUUUUCUCACGAAAAAAAAUUAAGUGAUUUUUAUAUAUUUCGGGGCUCCUGUAUCGAUAGAUAAAUUUCAAAAUUGAUUGAAAUUCAUCCAAAUUUCAAUUGGUGUUUUAUUGUGCUGGACAAAUCGUUCGAGAGGAAAAAAAUAUGUACAGUAUUUGUACAAUAGUUGUGAAUUGUCAUAAAAAUUUGACCUAAAUAAGCGGAUAGCUCUGAGUAGAAGAAUGGAACUAACUACGAUUUAUUUCGUUUAUAAUCUCUUGAGAUUCGCCAUUUGAUGCGUUUAUCAAUUUCCAGAAUCAGACUUGGAUUUCAGUUCUCAGAUUUCGGAUACAAUCUGGAUUUGGAUUCCUGAUCAACAUUUGAAACUAUAAAAUAAGCUUUACUUUUCUAAUACUAAAAACCAAUGAAAUUUUCAGAUUUUAGAAACAGAUGAAGCGUUUACAAUUGACUUUGUAUCUAAUUCAGACCCGAUCUAAACUAUAAAACCUAUCAAUCAGAAAUAGAAUACGCUUUUUAAUUCAAAACAAUAAAUUUAUGAUAAAAAUAUGGAUUAAGAAUUCAAAUUAAAUAUAAAUAUUUGGCAAUUCAGUUGUUAUGAUUUAUGAACGAGAGCUCAGACUCGACAGGUUCCAAAGACAGUCAAAAAAGCCAGAAUGAGAAAGUGAGACGAAUAAGCCUCUACCUUUCGAAAGAUCCUACAGCUUUUCACCGUGCUUAGAGAAAGGCUUCACCUAGCUUAGAACGGCUGCUGCAAAACUUUACAACUAGCCAGAAUCCCUUUGAACAUUUGGAAGGAAAAUGCCGGCAUAACAAAACGUAAAAGUUCUUGGUAGGUUGGUACUUUGUCGUGACGACACCGGUCGACCGAGCUUAUCGGAAAGUUACUCGGCACCCUUUUUGCCGUCUAUUCUGAAAAGACCCUUCAGUGAGGGAAAAAGUCAACACGUGACCCGCUGUGUUAUGAGUCAAUUGAGAGGAAACCUAUAAUAGAAGGGAGAGAAUUUAAAUUUUGUAUAGAACCUUAUAGAAACAAUCAUUUGUUAACGAACUCUUAAAUCGGUGGUCCUAUCGAGUUCGAAGAAAAUCCCUCAGAAAGAUCGGUUUUUGUUUUUAUUUCCCACAGAAACAUUAAUCGAGUUGAGGAUCCUUUCUAAUUUAAAAGGAUUGUCCUCCAAUUCUUCCAAGAAAUUUGAAUGAAAUUUCCUCCGGAAGAUUUGUCUAAGGUUUACUUCACUUUGAUUUGAAGGAUUAAGUAAUAAACUACUCUCGAAUCCAAGGAGGACGACAACUGUUAUUGUUCAAUCCGAUUAAAGCCUGUGAACUUCACUCCUCUCGAUCUCGAAAAGACAUUCUCGUUUGCCAAAACAGAUGGAAUCCUGUUGAUGUUCUAUCGAUUCGGAAUUCCUAUCUAUUUGUAACAUAUAAGCAAUGACAACAUUGAGGCGAAAAUAUUCAGCUCGAUUUCUUGAAAGCAAUCAAAGCCGAUUAAAUGGAAAACUAGUUGAGUUCACUUCAGGUAAGGGAAAGUAUUUAAUCUUCUCAAGCGAAAUUUAUUCUUUUUUAUAAUUUUUAUUUUUCCUUUCAAAACGUGGCUGUGAUCAAAUAAUAAUAAUUCAAGUUAAUAUCCAAAGUGAUCAUUUUGAAGAAUUAUUCUUUUGAAUUACACUAAUUUUUCAAAUGUAGAGUCAAGUUUCCUUUCUCAUAAAAGGCAAUAUAAAUUUAAAUCUUGAACACUGUUUAUCAAUUCUCGGUAAACAAAUACGAAUACCAGACACCCGGGCUUCGUUCAUUUAUUUUUCGUUGAGAAAAACCAACCAUCCAAAUAAUUAUUCUGUGAACCUGAGUGAGUUUCUUUCUUUCUGUUUUCCGGCAGCACACGGCAUGGCAGCGCAAAUGUGUCACCUGCAAAUAUGUAUGUUGGCAUUAUCGGGCGCCCAUUCAUUCUUUUGCCUGCCGCCUUCCUGAAUGAGCCAGCCGUUGUUGAGAUAAUUUUCCACCUGAUGCACACGUUCUUCGGUGAAUGUUUGGUUGGGUUGGAUUGUUGGAGGGAAAUAUGACAUGUUUAAUUUAAAUUUCACCCUUUGUCAUUUUCGUUGUUUGGUCGAAGAACAUAUCAACAUCAAAUGAAAUCGAAAUCAAAACACUUUUCUUUGAAGUAACUAAAUGUUAAAGGCAUACAGAAUAAAUUUCUCGAAGAAUAAUUUAAAUGAUACGAAAAAAUAACCAAAAUUCACUAAAAUCGAGCUGCUUUGUCGUGAUAAAAGGGAAAUCUCCAAAACUAGGUUUGAAAUCAUUAAUAUCAACCAAAAAAAAACUCAGAAUUUAAACAGGAAACGAAUUGCAUACACAAUUAGCAAUACUACAAAAUACCCUUCAAAGUAAGGUUUUCAAACCUUAACAAACAGAUUGCAGUUUUUUUUUGCAGUUAUUUCGAAUGAACAAUAAUUUAAAAUUAAAUUUAGACUUUUAUUUUGUUCAUUUCAUACAAUAAAGUUCAAAAAUUUGUAUCUUCAAUUGUUAUCAAAAGUUUGUAACGAUUUUCUUAUAUCAGUUCUGCUAAAUGUUUUCCAAGAAGUAGGUGUCUGACUUUCAAAUCCAACAGGAUAUUUCUAAAUAAAAGAAUAAUAAUUCAGGAUAAGUACUAUUAAGGAUAGUUCCGAAAUCUUGCUUAAAAUAAACGCAAACUUAAAUCCAAUGCAUUGCAGCGAUUAAUCAAAAUUCAUCAAACUUAAUGCCCAAAGGCAUAACUAAAAACCAGAAUCGAACCAUUUUUUUCAGAAUUUCAAGCCUAAGUAAUAAUGCCAUUAUAAAUAUUCAGAAUCAAUUGAACAACGCACACGCACCCCAGAACCUCGCCACAACCUCAAAAUAAAAAUUUAAAAAAAAAUAUUCCAAAUUUAAAGGUUUUCCGGUUAUCCGAUUGUUAUUGCAUAUUAGUAUUGUCGGUUUUUAACCAUCGGUUCAGUGGAUAAGUGAGGGCAUAACUCGGAACAUAGGUGUAUUGAAAUAAUAUUUUUUUUCUUCUUCCCAAGUUUGGCAAAAACACGUACUAGUGCAGGCUGUGUUACUCGCACAAUAAUGUGAACAUGAACCAAAUUUCUUCUACAAAAUUUUAAGUUUUAAUAUUACCAAUCAAUUGAGGCUCAAAUUGUAACUAUUUAUUCGCAAACACUUAUAGUGAAGAAGCUUAACUAAAUACAGUAGAACUCCGCCGUAAUUUCCAUACAAAAUCCGUGGUAAGUUGUGUUAUCACAUUUAUAUUGUCAUGCCUAAAUCAAUGUUUUUCGAUGAGUUCAAAGUCUAAAGUUACAGAAAACGUCAAUAAAAUACAUAUACAUACAAAAUCCAUAUACAGACUGUUCCGAAAAUCAUAAAUGCACUUUCUUUCUUGAAUAGAAGGAACAAUGAUUUAAAAACAUGUCAUCCUCAAAGAUAUUGCAAAAAAGUGUUUUCUUUCAAUUUAUAAUUCAUUGAGCAUUUGUUUUUGUAGAGUAGACGUGUUCUCUUACUUCUCUCUUAACACUACUCAUAAGCUUAUGCAAAGUGCUUUCGGAUAUAUAGUCGGAAUAUUUACCACUUUAGGCCAAUCUUUCUCGAAUUUCUCAACACUGUCCGCUUGUUUCAUGUAUUUCCCAAGGUGUGUAUAUAUUCAGGAAGUGUUACCGAAUAUCGAAUUCCCGAUUCAGCCAUUUUGGCUAUGUAGGCUAUGCAACUAUGCAGAACUCAUGAAGUUUGUUUACCAACAAACCACCGAAAAGCUGAGCAAAAAAUAAACAAACUCAUUGAGAGCCCCGCUCACUCCUCGCCUACUUACUGUGAAAGUCGAGGAACCUAGUGUAUCAAAAGAUCUUGGUAUUUCCUAAGAUUUGCCUUCGUCAAAGCCUAUAAAGCUUCGAUUGGACGAAUCUCUGAACAGUUUUGGUGAUUCAUGUCUUUCGGUAAACAUGUAACCUUGUUGACUUCACACCAAUUUAAUCCAUCUUUAGAGUAGUGGCACAAAACGAGAUCAGGCCAAAAUAUUGUAGGAUUAUUAUUCUGUUUGGCACGCAUAACGUUCGUCGAUGAGGUAACUAGUUUCUUUGCCAAAUCUCGUACUGAUGCCGAAAGAUGCCUUCUGUAGUAACCCUUGAUUCUCUUGUCCAUUGUAGGGUCAUCGGGGCCGGUUUCCUAUUUACUGCGUCUGGGGGAAUCUGCGAAAUUACACUGUUCUCCAUACUUUCUCAACGCGGUUAGUUUGAACUGCUCUGACAUUCACAUCUUCGUCGUUAGCUAGUUUUCUGAUUAAAAGAUCACUCACAGUUUCCCAUUUGUGCACAAUCCGUUUUCUUUGCACGGGAAUAGGGCCACGCAUUUUUAAGAUUUGUUCGCGAAAAACGACAAAAAAUGACAACGCUUACCACACUUAUUUCAUUUGACUGUAAACAACAGUACGCAGCCAAAAUUUGGUGGAACACUUCAAGGUUAUUGAAAUGACGGUUAUUUGAUAGUGUAUUUAUAAUUAUCGGCACAGUCUACUACUGUCAUCUACUGUGCAAUGCACCCAUAUGUAUGCAAUACUAGAGCAAAAGUAUGAGGUUUGUCGAUACAUUCGUGUUAUUCGAGGUUUCACUUAUCCGAGGUGGUCCUUCUUGACCAAUGGACCAAUGGUGGUUCUUGACCAAUGGUCCAUUUCUGAAAGAUAAUUGAUUUUUGGGCAUUUUAAAAGGGUGCAGUGAAUGGCCCAAGAUGCAAAAAAUACUGGAAUAUGAAAAUUGGGUUCAGAAUGGGUUUUGUAAGAUUAAAAACGACAAAAAAAAAAUUUUUAUAGAGAAAAGCAUGCUUUGGCCAGCUUUUUCCAUAGCUUACUACCAUGUGCAAAGUUAAACUGAGUCGAGCUGGGGUCAUUUUUGAAUUUUUCAAACCCUGGGGUCUUGAAAGCUUCGUUCUGGUUCAAAAUUCAUCAAUGAUUUUUUUCAGAAUUUUUAAGCAAUGUUUGCAUGAGUAAAUUUAAACUUUUAAUUUGUAUGGGAAAAUUUAAUAUUUUGUACUGAAAAAUCAACAUUAGUUUCGCUUCUUCUGUGGAACCGAGCCUGCUAAUGGUUUUUGUGCCAAUUUAUAAAUUCUUUGAAAAUAAUUUCUGCUGAAUAACUUUGUUGAAGACCGUAACUUUGUAUCUUAUCACGCAAAAAAGUGGUGCCUAGCGAGAUAUUGCAUGACUACUUUGCAAGCACACAGCAUCACCAUCAGCUGAUGUCAGUUGAAUUGAUUAUCUUUCAAUGCCAAAAAAACAUAAAAUUACUUGUUUGCGUACAAACACACGAAGUCACGGUCUUUGACAAAGUUGUUCAGCGGAAGAUUUUCUUUUAAAAAAAUUUAUGAAUAGGUACGAAAACCAUUAGAUACCAGGCUUGGUUCCACAGGAGAAACAAAAACGAAGUUGAUUGUUCCGAGCAAACUAUUAAAUUUUCUCAUACAACCUUAAAAAUUCAAUUUUACUCAUGUAUACGUUACUCAAAAACUCCUCAAAAAAUCAUGGAUGAGUUCCGCGCCAAAACGAAGCAUUUCAGACCCCAGGGUUUGAGAGAUUCAAAAAUGACCCCAAAUCGGCUCAAGCUGGAAGUUUUUUUUUUCAAUUCUUGACCAAUGUUAUUAUUUAUUUAUUUUAUUUUGUGACCACGUUCAAACAACAAAAAAAGAUGUAAAAUCAAUCAUUGAGUCCUUCAAAUUUUGUGAUCAAACUUUUAAGAAAAGUUAUUUCGACUUUUUAGUUUUACAAAAUGUUUUUAAAUAAUACUGGGAUUUUCACUUCGAAAAUACCGGAUAAGAAAUCUUCAUAGAAUAUAAACCAAAUUAAAAUCUACAGCUACAGACAAAAAUCCUAAUUUUUAACAAAAUUCCGAUGCAUUUUAAAAAUAUCGUUUAAAGCUUUUAGCAGCUGGCUUUGCAAACUUUGUUCAGUUAAAAGUCCAAACCUUGUCCAUAUUUUCAUUUGUUCCACUCUUCAAAGAAUGCCCUGAAGAGAUAUGAAGCCAAAAAGUCACUUAUGUAUGUAUCCAAGAAUAUAGAUCAUCGCAUCGCACCUGAACUAAAACCCAUUGAAAAAUACUAAGCUGUUUUGAAGAAGACAAUCAGUGAGGAUCUCAAAGAUGUCAAUUUCAAGAAAAAAUGACCAAAAUGUAUGUUUCAGGUUAGUAGAAGAUGCUUUCAUAUAUUACGCAAAAUCUUGUGAGUAUAAAAGGAAUACUGGAAUCAAAAAAAUUUACCAAAAGAUCACAAAUAGUUUGAUGUCUGAAAGUUUGGAACAUGGACAUGGAAAUUUUUUUUACAGCACAUUUUCCGUGAUGCAAUUUGCGUGUUACAUUUUUUUUAAAUCAAGUAUCAGGCAAAUGAUCCUAACUUCAUGAGAUCAGAAUGCACAUAACUAUCAGUUUCAAAAAAAUACUUUUAGUUUGUCUGUGCUUUGAGAAUUAUUAUUUGAUUUCAUAAAAAAUAUCAUCAAAAGACUUGGCAUAGAUUUUUAGUACAAGAUUCAAAGUAUAUUAUUACUUUGAAUCUUACAACAAAAAUGACAGAUUCUUCAAGAGGAUGAAAUAAUUUCUAAUAAAUUUGUAGCAAGAAUUUUCAUCUUUCCUAGCUUGAAUAACUUUUGUGUGAACUGAAAAUUAUCAUUAUUCGUAUCAUAGUAAUCAAGAUUUUUAUAUUAUUUUUUUGGUUUAAUUCCGACCCGAAAUAAUUAAGAAAAAAAACUUUGUUAACCACUAUAUACCACAAAUGCUAAACUAAACCAUGGACCAUUGGAGUCGUAUGCCUUCAGCAAUCUUUUUCUAAGGACCGAGAAAAUCUCAAUGAGUCUACUAUUCUUUUCCAAGUUACACCGAAAUGCUUCUGAAACAUGAAAACAGGUUUAUUGAAUAAAAGGCCACUUUAUUGAGAGGACAGGUUUGCUAAAAUUGAAUUGAUUUUUAUAUAGGUUCCUAAUAGGUUUAUUUCUAAUUUCAGGAAAGAUUUAAGAGUUCUCCUAUAAUACUACACCUCAACAAUAAAUUUUAUCUUUUCAUCGGCCGUAAUAAAACUCUCAAACACAAUACAUUUUAGCAUACACAGUAGAACACGGUCUAUGGUUGAUUAAAAUUACGUGAUCGAGUUUGUUCUCGAAUAAUAUAUUGUUUUUGUGUAAAUAUUCUACUGAAACUAAACAAUAUACAAAAUCAAAUGGAAACUUCUCUUUCAUACCUGAGAACAUGGCCUCGAUUGAAAUCUUCAAAUAGGAAGAAUAAAAUGCAACACUUCAUUUUGUGAAUUACUUUUAAAUGCAUCGAUGAAGAAAGAGCGAAGCAAUCAGUUGUUGUGAAAUGACGUGUUUUUGUCAAGCUGCUGCAAAACGUCUUGAAAAUUUGUAAAUGGUCGAAAAUGAAAUAUACAUAUAUCAAACCUGCGAUUGAAGCAGGAAAAGAUGGGUUCGUACGUUCUUGCCGAAGGAUAUGGAAGCGCCGAUAUGUGGGAGCCAGGAACAGGACGAAUGGUGAUGGAAAUUAAAGCAUCUUUCAGUCCCCCUCGUUAUUUUUUUUUGUAAGAGCAAGUUCACUGGUGUUGGGAAAAAGUGGUAGAAAUUUUGACACUUACGGUACAUUUUGAAAAUUUUCUCAUGCAAAAACAUUUUCAAGAUCUGUGGACUUCUAGUUUUUUUACAACAUGUGUUGUAUUUUCGCAUGCUGUGAUGCAAAAAUAGCAAUAUUCCUAUCACAUACGGCUGAAAUAGAAACAGUGUUGUAAAAAAUACAACGCCCCAAGAUCUUGAAAACAUUUUUGCAUGGUAAAAUUUUCAAAAUGUGCUACAAGUGUCGAAAUUUCUACCACUUUUUCCCAACACCAGUGAACUUGCUCUAAGUAUUCCAGAAAUUAUCCAGCACAAAAAAUACAAUUCCGGGCCUGGUAAUUCCGGUCGUUUUUUGUUAAACCUGGCAAUACCCGGGCAUUCAGUUUAAAAUAUUCAAAUUAAAAUCCGGGCAAUUUCCGGACAAAUCUGAACAAUAUUUAUUUAUUAUUCUAACUAAAUCAAGAAAAAGAUAUGAGAAAAUUACUUGAGUCUAUAUUUUUCGCCGUUUUUUUGUGUUCAAUGCUUUCAAAACGUUUGAAUUUUUUUGGUAAAUUUCGCAAAUAAUAUAAUAAUAAUGUGAAAAAAUCCGGGCAAGAACCCUCAGUUUUUCAUACAAUCCGGGCAUCCGGACCGAACGCCUUGAUAUUAUCCUUGAAUAUCCAGGUACGCCCGGAUAAAACUGGGCAGUCUGGAAGGCUUGAUCUAUAAAACUUUUAAGAACUGUUGGUGUUAUUAAAUAUAUGUAGUGAACCUUCAUAUAAGAGAAGCGACAUCUGAUCCCUCUUAAAAUGAAAUAUGUGGCAACAUCGCCGAAAUCUUGGACAAAAAAAUUCCCAGCACUGUUUUCUGGCUCUAUGUUCAAGCUCUAAAGUGAACGCUCCUUCAAUCCAACAAAAUAACAUUGAACUCGAUGACCGAAGGAUCGCGAUAAACGGUAUGAAUGACUUAAAUUUCGUUAAUAAUCAGUUAGUUUUCUAACUAGAAACAUGAUUCACCAAAGCAUUAAAAAAAAUUGCACCUAAUCAUAAAUUCAUAUGACCAGCUAAAAACUUAUCUGUUUGAACUAUAACAACAAUCGCAAUACCUUCCUUGGUUGAGUUUUCAAUAAGAAAGGUAAAAGCUCUGCGACAAAAUGCUCGGAUCGAUUGGAAUCGAUUUUGACAGUUCUUUUGCUCGAUUGGAAUUUUGUGUUUCAGAUGUCACUUCUCUUAUAUACAGGUUCACUAAAUAUAUGUAAUUGAUUGACAAAAAUAUUAAAUUGAUUGAUACAAAUAAGAAAAAAAUAGUUCAAUUUAAAUUCAAAUAUCUUUGCAUUGAAGGUAAUGGUUAGACACUUUUAUUGAAAAAAAAACCUCAAAACAUUCGAAUAGAUUAACCAAGCUUCAUUUUAAUAGCUGAGUGUCAGUUUUAACACCGAAGAAUUUAUAUUAUUAAAGAUAAUCUUUUUCAUAGCAUUGAAUAAACUCAAACUUUUUUCAUUCAACAGUUGAGGAAUAAAAAAUAGGGUUAUUUAUUCAUUAUACUGACAUUUAGUUUACAGUGGAAUUUAUCUACAAUCGAAUAUAUUUCAUGUCACCUUAACCUGAUUUCGCUUCAGCACUGUCAUCAGUUAACAAUAAAAAGAUUUGAAAAAAUCGACAGAUGGCAGAUUAGUAUCUCUGUAGCGGAAAACUACGCAGAAGGUGCUUGAUUUGCAGCUCCUCAAGUACUAGACAUAAAAUUUUCUAAUUUUGUCUCCUUGUUUAUCGUCGAAACAUCCGAACAAGACUUGUCAACAAAAGUUUCUGACAGCAAACCUGUCAGGUGAACGCCAAAGUGUUUGUUCUGCUGUCCGUUCCCAUUUUUUUAAAUAUCUUUCGCUAUUGGUCCAAAUAUUUUGCGCACGAGUUGACCACCGCAUUUUGUGAAUUUUACCCUCACUGAAAAUUUAUUAAUUUUCAUUCUUAAGUUCGAAUGUUAUUAACAAAACUAAGUGUUCCAUUUCUUUCGAAUACACUCCUUACAAUCCCUGAAAGUAUCUGAUUUUUGAAAGAUUUGCAAUUAAACACGAUUUAAGAUAAAAUGGAUGUAAUAAAUCAAAAAUGUACACUUUUACGUGAAAGUUAAGCAAUACAGCUUCUUACACAGUAAUAUUUUGUUUUAAAAAAAGUAUAUUCAGAUGACGGAGUCGAUUUUGCACCAUUUUUGUAAUUUUCAUAACUUGAGGCCUAAGGAGAUAAUUUGUUGGAAAAUUUUAAAAUAAACGCAGAGCAAAUUAUAAGUAAACUGUAUCUAAAAAUUUGAAAUUUUGUCCUGGAAAACGCACAUAAUUUUUAAUUUUUUUUCCAGACCCAAACCCAUCCAACCACUUUGCAGCCAAUUUUUAAAUUCUUCUAAGGGAAAUUUUUCGCUGAACAACAUAGUCGAAGACCGCAAAUAUUUAUCAAACUAGUUUUAAGCUGAUGAUGAGGGGCAUGUCUACAGGAAGAUUGUCAAGCAAUAUUUUGUCUGAAACAAGCAGUGUCGUCAGUUUUAAUGAUUGAUUUUUUUUUUUGCAAUUCCAUAGGACAUCCCCCAACCUUGAGCUUAUGAGUAUUUUCCCUUAAACAAUCCCUUACAAUCCCUAGAUUGGCUCCAAAAUGGUUAGAUGGUUCUGUUCUACAAUAGAACUAAAAUACAAUAUUGAGUCGAAUGCGAUUUCAAAACAAAGAAAUUUUCAAAUGAAAUGCCUUUUCCACCGUAGUUCAAUUCAGUAUUGACUUAGUU